AUGAAAUCCAUGGAGAAAGAACGUGAUACGAAUUCUUUAAGCUGCGACGUCCCUCGACAAGUAUGUACGCAAGCGUCUACGGGUGAAUUUGCUGUUUCCGAUAGGGACGAAGAUACUACAAUUGAGCUGUCGAGACCCAUGCCCGCACCAGACCCUGUCAAACGACAACAAUUUGAAGAAAAAUUAGCAUCUACCCCACUGGGGUCUACAUCGGAUGGACUGCUGACUCUUCUCCGAGAUCACCCAGAGUUGGUUUCAAAUCGACUGGCACAGGAAGCUGAACGCAUUUUACCGGAUGAGUCUGUGACGGCACCUCGCUUAAAUGCAUCAUCCGUAUCCAAUUAUGCACAAUCUGUGUACGAGGGAGGCAACGUGACAAGCACGUUAUUUCCGAACAAAACAGCACAUUCGUCACCGAAUGUGGCUCCCACGAUUCCAAUGACUCGUGCUGAUUCUCAGUACUCCUUGCCUGACACGGCGAGGAAUACGUUGAAUUCAAUGGGCGAUCCUACUAUUCACACAUCUGUGCUGCGCCAAUCAUCUACAAAAAAAAGAGUUUCUCGUUCAAUGUCUAUUUCACGCAAUCUUGGUGAACAAAGCAAUAAGCCAGAUUUUAGUGGCGAAAAAAUCGUCGUCGCGAUGGUAGGCUUGCCCGCGCGAGGCAAAAGUUAUCUGAGCAACAAACUUAUGCGUUAUCUUCACUGGCGUGAGUACGAAGUGCGUGUUUUCAAUGUUGGUCAGCUUCGUCGUGCGCGUGCACGUGAGGUUUUUGGACAGACGAAUUCUUCAACACACACGGCAAGUUUCUUUGACUCUUUGAACGUUGAAGCAAAAAAGAAACGGGAUGUGCUUGCACAUGAGUGUCUUGAACAGCUCAUCGCUUGGCUCAAAACAGGCGGUAAUGUGGGGAUUCAUGACGCUACGAACACGACCAAGGCACGUCGAAAGCAAAUUGCGGAUCGUGUCGCACAAGAACCUGGCAUGAGGUUGUUUUUCUUAGAAUCGACGUGCACAGACCCGAAGCUGAUCGAAGAAAAUGUAGAAGUCAAGGUCCGUGGCACGGAUCCGGACUAUGCUCAUUUGACCAGGGAACAAGCGAAAGAAGACUUCUUGCGUCGAAUCAAGCACUACGAGGCUGUGUAUGAACCGCUCGAUGCAGAUGGCACCGAAAGUCAUUACACGUACUGCAAGAUCAUUGAUGUUGGCCGCUCUGCUACCAUGAAUUUAAUUUCAAGCUACCUUGAGUCCCAAAUUGCUUUUUAUCUACUCAACCUGCACAUUGCACCACGCAACAUCUUCAUCUCGCGCCAUGGUGAAUCACAAUAUAACGUUGAGGGCAAGAUCGGCGGAGAUUCAGAUUUAUCCGAACGUGGCUGGGCGUAUGCACGAGCUCUUCCACAACUUAUCCAAGAUCAUAUUGGUGACGAGCCAUUGACCGUCUGGCACAGUUCACUACGUCGCACUGCGCAGACAGCCGGCUUUCUCAAAUAUCCAAAGCUUAUGUGGAAAUCACUUGAUGAACUCGAUGCAGGCGUAUGUGACAGCAUGACAUACACAGAAAUUGCAGAAUUCUAUCCUGAAGAUUAUGCUAGCCGAGACGACGACAAAUUUAACUAUCGUUACCGUGGUGGCGAGAGCUACCGGGACCUAGUCGUGAGACUUGAACCUGUCAUUAUGGAGCUGGAACGGCAGAACAAUAUCCUAAUUAUUGGACAUCAAGCCAUUAUCCGGGCAUUGUACGCAUAUUUUAUGGGCUACGACCAAAACGAAUUGCCUUAUAUCAAAGUACCACUUCACACAGUCAUCCAGCUGACACCCAAGGCAUAUGGUUGUGACGAGAAAAGAUACGAGCUCCCGAUCGAGGCCGUGGAUACCCAUCGCGAACGACCGAGCAGGUCUUUAUCGAACUCUAUCAGUGAUCUGCGCUUGGAAGGUGACGAGGCCCUAGAGACAAACGCAGCCACAGGUAAAUCUUCCUCGUAA